CAGCAUUUCUUUCGUGGCGGCAUAACCCCUUCCCUGUAGGCCAAGACAUGACACUCGUCCUUCCCCGCCCUGUCACUUCUCCGCACGCGAGCACCGCGCUAGGCCAACGACUUAGUAGAAGCUAUCCCUCUUCCCUCUUCCGGACAUCACAGCCGUUGGCCCGCGAACUCGUCCAGGAUCACGCGCAAUGGUGUACUGGUCAAUGCGAGCGUCACUGCCGAGGAAGGUGUUGUGGCCCACAUAUCCCUGACAGGUUGUUGGCGAGUAAGUAGUAUAGCGCUAUGAUCCAUCAGUUCAUAAUGCCUGCCACCCUGCCACUCUUUCAGCUGCAACUACUACUGCGAUUGAGGAAGACAGGUACUUCGGAUUUUGGCAUCUACAUUCGCACAGGUCUCACGAAACUUGUCUGUAAUCAUGGCUGGAGAAUUGCCUUGGCCCGAAGUGCCGGUUGGCAACAAGAACCAUGCGAACGCUGCAGUGGUCAUCAUCGGCGGGGGCAUCAGUGGGAUGUGUAUGGCCAUCGACCUUCUAAAACGCAACAAAUGCCGCAAUUUCAUCAUUCUUGAAAAAUCGGCAGGUCUGGGAGGCACUUGGAACGACAACAAGUACCCAGGCUGCUGUUGCGACGUUUGGUCACAGCUAUACAGUUACUCGUUUGCCCAGAAUCCCGACUGGACCCGCGAGUACCCUGGGCAAGAAGAAAUUUUAGCUUACCUCCAGCACGUGGCUCAAGACUUCCAGCUGCUGCAGCACUUCCGGUUCAACACUUCCGUUGUUGACGCAAAAUGGGAUGACGAAGCUAAAAAAUGGAAAGUCCACGUGAAGACUGCUCCAGGAAGCAAAGAGGCCGAAUACAAUCCGGAAUAUGAAAUCAAAGCAGAUUUCCUAGUCAGUGCUGUUGGACAGCUCAACGUGCCACAAUGGCCUGAUAUUCAGGGUAUCGAGACCUUCAAUGGUAAAAAGAUGCAUUCAGCAAGGUGGGACUGGUCAUAUGAUCUAGCUAAUAAGAAGAUUGCACUUGUGGGCAAUGGUUGUACGGCCGUGCAAAUUCUUCCAGAGAUCGCAAAAGUGGCCAAACAUGUCACUGUCUUCCAAAGAACACCAAACUGGGUUGUCCCACGACUCGACGCGCCUGUGAGCAAAACAUGGCGCAACAUCUACCGCUAUGUACCCGGAGUAAUGGCGAGAAAGCGAGCUGCACUAAUGGACUUCCGAGAGCUAACACACGGGUUCGUCGCGAGCGCAGAUUCAGACGUGUCAAAGAUGUUCAUGAGAAUGACCAAGGAGAUGCUGCAAAACCAGCUACCAAACCGCCCAGAUCUACACAAGAAGUUGAUACCCAAGUAUCAGCUUGGGUGCAAGCGCAUCAUCAUCAGCGACGACUACUUCCCUGCUCUAGGCCAGGAUAAUGUCACGCUCGAAACACGAUCUAUCGACCACAUAGAAGGGAACUCGGUCAAAGUUGCCAAUGCCGACGGUGAGAUAGUCUCGGCACAGGAUGACUACGACCUGCUAGUUUGCGCGACUGGAUUCAAGACUGUGGACUUCAUGCAUCCCAUACAGCUCUACGGUAAAAAUGGCCGGCAUAUCGGAGAUAUCUGGAAGGAUGGAGCGAAGGCGUUCUACGGCAUCACAGUGGAGGAUAUGCCCAACUUUGGCAUGCUCUACGGUCCGAACACGAAUCUUGGCCACAACUCCAUUAUCCUCAUGAUAGAGGCUCAAUCACGCUACAUCAAUGGUUUGAUCACGCCUGUGCUUGAAGCAAGGAAGAAGGGGCAAGCGUUGAGCUUGACGCCAAAGAAAGAGCGACUAGAAGAGUACAAUGACCAACUCCAGAAAGAACUUCAAAAUAGCACUUUCAACGAUCCAAACUGCCAGUCGUGGUACAAGAACGAGAAGGGCAUCAUCACAAACAACUGGUCUCGGACCGUAGUAGAGUACCAGAAGAUGGUCGAGGACGUUAAAUUUGAGGAGUUUAUUGCGGAGGGCAGUGGAAGAGAUGAGGCCGAGCGAAGAAAGGUCAUGCAUGUGGGAAGAGUAAAGGAGGAAUCGAGCAACAAUGGCCACAGGGACAGAGACACCCUCACGCACGUCAGGACGUGCAUGGAACAGUACGAGGUCUUCCGCGGCAUGGACACCUACCAAGUCGAAGUGGAGAUCCUGCAUCCAUACUUCUCCCAACUUCCAACGCCGCACUAUUCCAAUUGCACACGCUCCAGCGAGUAA